AUGUUUCCAGAUGCCAACAAGAAAUUUGUGAUCAAAAAAAUAUCGUCCUUACGGUCAUCUUUCCGACGCCAGAUAAGGCGAAUUAAUAGUUCAAAGAGAAGUGGGGUGGGAACAGAAGAUGUACCAGAACCUACAUUGUGGUCUCGUGCAGCGGUUUCUUCGAUAGAAGGAAAUAACCUAGAUGCCAAUCACAGGCCUCAUUGCCAGAAACCUCAAGGUGGCCAACAGACGUUCUUCAACGCUUACUGCUUCUCUGAAUAA